AACCGCAUAACUCUGGGCGGAGCUUCGAAGAUAGCAGACCUAUUGAAGCAAAACACAAACCUGCAGACGCUAGACCUCAGUUUCAACCUCAUCUCGGAUGAGGGGGCCGUCAACAUUGCCCAAGCCCUGGCCCUCUACAACACCAAUCUCAUCAAACUGAGCGUAGUAAAGAAUGAAUUAACUGGUAAAGGUUUAUGUUCCCUGGCUCAGUGUCUCUUCAACAAUCAAACACUGCAAGAAAUGUACGUUACUGGGAACCAAGCCGAUGAAGCCGCCUGCAUUGUAAGUCGUUCCAUCAUUUCG